AUGCCUGUCGUUGCUGCUACGGGGAAAAAGCGUCGAAAGGUUCGAUUCCCAGCAACCAGCCACCCGGCUCAGAUAGAGAAGCCGCAGUCGAAAAGAACACAAUCCAAUCUACCGACAAGUAGGAGUUUCCCUCUAGUUACCGCUCCCAAGUACUAUUUAUCGCCAAAACAGAGAGGCAGAAUGGCGGAACCACAUCCCGCUAUCCCAGCUCUCUUCUCAGAACCGCCUGUGGUCCGUGACAAGCUCAUCACCGAAACAACUGAGCAACAGGACGAGACUGUCAAAAAAUGCGUGGAAUUCUUAGCGGGCUCCCACGGAAGCCAAAAGGGCCCAUUGAAUCGGCAUGGCGUGUCUCCGCUCUUGCGGGAUGAGCACAUUGGCUACCUGUAUGAUUCUUUAGAGGACUAUCCUCCUGGUUUCGUUGCAAUGGAUGCUAGUCGGCCUUGGAUGAUCUAUUGGGCGCUCGCAGGUCUGAGUCUUCUAGGAGAAGAUGUCACUAAAUAUUGUGAACGUGCAAUCUCUACUAUUACUCCCAUGCAAAAUCCCACAGGUGGGUUUGGAGGGGGUCAUGGCCAAAUAUCACAUUGCGCAUCAAGUUAUGCUGCGGUGUUGUCUUUAGCUAUGGUUGGUGGUGAAGAAGCGUUAAAUCUCAUUGAUCGCCAAGCAAUGUGGGAAUGGCUCGGAAACCUGAAGCAGCCAGAUGGAGGAAUCACAGUUUUCGACGGUGGGGAAGAAGACGUGCGAGGCGCCUACUGCGCGAUGGUGAUUAUCUCGCUCCUGAACUUGCCACUCACUUUGCCCCCUGAGGCCAAAGCCCGAGAGUAUGGCUUGCAGACAUUCACAGAUGGCCUCUCAGAAUAUCUCUCUCGAUGCCAAACUUUCGAGGGUGGAAUCUCCGGAAGCCCAGGCUCAGAAGCGCAUGGCGCCUACGCAUUUUGUGCAUUGGCGUGUCUAUGUAUCCUUGGCCAACCCGAAGAGACUAUACCCCAAUGUAUGGAUGUGCCAUCACUCCUAUCCUGGCUUUCUGCUAGGCAGUAUGCACCUGAAGGAGGGUUUGCCGGCAGAACCAAUAAGCUGGUUGAUGGAUGUUAUAGUCAUUGGGUUGGGAGCUGCUGGCCACUCAUUCAAGCUGCACUAGAUGGAGCCCAGAGUGCUGGAGGUCGCCCACGAUCUGCUGUUGGUAAUCUUUAUAGCCGAGAAGGGCUGACGAGAUAUAUCCUGGGUUGCUGUCAGUCGAAGAAUGGCGGGCUUCGCGACAAACCUGGAAAACACCCGGAUUCAUACCACACAUGCUACACUUUGACCGGCCUCAGCUCCGUUCAACAUUAUCACUAUCAUACCGACUCAAGCCCCAUCUCUGACGUACAGUUAUCGUCCGCAUUUUCAUGGAGAUAUCGCCCUGCUCGAGACUCAAAUGACGGAGUGUCCGAUGUUAGCGUAUUCGAUGAAAUGGACCGCUUGACAGCGUUCCACCCCCUAUACAUUAUUCCUCACAAGUCUGCGGAAAACAUGCGUCUCUGGUAUGAACAGAAACCUCUGGAUUGA